AUCCAUGAUAUGCAGUUCUUUUAUAUUGUCAAACCUUGGGAGAGACAUGUUCACAAUCAAAACAGGAAACCAUUCUAGUCACCCGCAGCAUGAUCUUUGUCACAGAUCUACUCCCCUUUUCUAUGUCCGCAAUCUUUGCGGGCAUUCCGGGUUCGGACCGCGGUUCUCGUGUUCACAGGAAUGCAAUUUCAGGGUCCACGAAGAAUGUUGCACCAAUUUUACUUACCAUACUGCUUUCAAUUUCCCCUCUUUUCUAGCUGGCUCUAACUUCGUCAUUUCCAGAGAUCCUCCCCAAAAUCUACCAUGCACUGCCUGUCAGUUGCCCAUAGAAGGUCGAUAUUAUCAAUGCAAUAACAGGAGAACCAAUUUACAUCUUCUUUGUGUAAGGCUUCCGACCACCCUAACCAUAAGUGGGAUGCAAACGACAGUUAGAAACCGUUGCAACGUUAGAUGCUCGUACCGAUCGUGUCCAAAUAUAAAUGGUGGCUGGUCCUAUGUCUCCCAUAAUGGUACCAAUUAUCAUGUGGCUUGUUGGAAAGCUAUGAUGCUGAGGCCCGAUAACGAACCUCAGAUAUAUAAACCCCAGGCAUUUUGGAACAAAAUCCCUCGGUCUAUCUUCGAUCGAAACAAUUGAAACUCGUUUUUGCUGCUCAUUGCUAGGCUGUGUGUGGAGGCCCUUUUUUACCUUGUGUUUUGUUUUUUUUGGUCUGCAUAUUGCCAUGUUAGGUUUGUAUGUGUAGUAAGUGGAGAUAUAGGAAGCUAUUUUGCUUUUUGUGUGUCGCGCGGGCAGUCAAGUUACAAAUCGGAAGAAAGGAUUACAUCAACAGGCUUAAACCUAGAUCAUUAUUGGGAUGCUAA